GAGCCGCUCCGAGCACCCUCGCUCCCCGCCGCUCUCCAUGAGCCCGGCCGACUGAGCCGCGCCUCCGCCUCCAUGAGUCCUCCCUAGAAGUGGUGUUUCCCCCCACCACCACCACCCUUUUUUCUCUUUUCUUUUUCUUCCUGCUCCUUUGCUCCGCCGCCCCGGGUCGCCCGUGCCGCGUCUUUCGGUCGCCCAGGGCCCCUGGCUGCGGUGCCCGGCCCACAGAGCAGCGCCAUGGCGUCCCAGCCCGAGCGGGGGGAGAUCCUGCUCACCGAGCUGCAGGGAGAUUCUCGGAGUCUUCCAUUUCCUGAGAAUGUGAGCACUGUUCAGAAAUUGGACUUUUCAGAAACCAUGGUGCAACAGAAAUUUGAUGAUAUCAAGGAUCGAAUAAAGAGAGAAAUAAGGAAAGAACUGAAAAUCAAAGAAGGAGCUGAAAAUCUGAGGAAAGUCACAACGGAUAAAAAAAGCUUGGCUUAUGUAGACAACAUUUUGAAAAAAUCAAAUAAAAAAUUAGAAGAAUUGCAUCACAAGUUACAGGAAUUAAAUGCACAUAUUGUCGUAUCCGAUCCAGAAGAUGUUCCAGAUUGCCCGAGGACUCCAGAUACUCCAAACAGUGACCCUCGUAGUUCUACUAGCAACAAUAGAUUGAUGGCCUUGCAAAAACAACUGGACAUAGAACUCAAAGUAAAACAAGGUGCUGAGAACAUGAUACAGAUGUACUCUAAUGGUUCUUCGAAGGAUCGAAAACUCCAUGGUACCGCUCAACAACUGCUCCAGGACAGCAAGACAAAGAUCGAAGUCAUCCGAAUGCAGAUUCUGCAGGCAGUCCAGACCAAUGAACUGGCUUUUGAUAAUGCAAAACCUGUGAUAAGUCCUCUUGAACUUCGAAUGGAAGAAUUAAGGCAUCAUUUUAGGAUAGAGUUUGCAGUUGCAGAAGGUGCAAAGAAUGUAAUGAAAUUACUUGGCUCAGGAAAAGUAACAGACAGAAAAGCACUUUCAGAAGCUCAAGCAAGAUUUAAUGAAUCAAGUCAGAAAUUGGACCUUUUAAAGUAUUCACUAGAACAAAGAUUAAAUGAACUUCCCAAAAAUCAUCCCAAAAGCAGUAUUAUUAUUGAGGAGCUUUCACUGGUUGCAUCACCAACAUUAAGUCCACGUCAGAGUAUGAUAUCUACGCAAAACCAGUAUAGUACACUCUCCAAACCAGCAGCGUUAACCGGUACUUUGGAAGUUCGUCUCAUGGGCUGCCAAGAUAUCCUAGAGAACGUUCCUGGACGGUCAAAAGCAACAUCGGUGGCACUCCCUGGAUGGAGUCCAAGUGAAACUCGAUCAUCUUUCAUGAGCAGAACAAGUAAAAGUAAAAGUGGAAGUAGUCGAAACCUCCUCAAAACAGAUGACUUGUCCAAUGAUGUCUGUGCCGUUUUGAAGUUAGAUAAUACUGUGGUUGGACAAACUAGCUGGAAACCCAUUUCCAAUCAGUCAUGGGACCAGAAGUUUACACUGGAACUAGACAGGUCACGUGAACUGGAAAUUUCAGUUUAUUGGCGUGAUUGGCGGUCUCUGUGUGCUGUAAAGUUUCUGAGGUUAGAAGAUUUUUUAGACAACCAGCGGCAUGGCAUGUGUCUCUAUUUGGAACCACAGGGUACUUUAUUUGCAGAGGUUACCUUUUUUAAUCCAGUUAUUGAAAGAAGACCAAAACUCCAAAGACAAAAGAAAAUUUUUUCAAAGCAACAAGGCAAAACAUUUCUCAGAGCUCCUCAAAUGAAUAUUAAUAUUGCCACUUGGGGAAGGCUAGUGAGGCGAGCUAUUCCUACAGUAAAUCAUUCUGGCACCUUCAGUCCACAAGCUCCGGUGCCUGCCUCAGUGCCAGUGGUUGACGUGCGCAUGCCUGAACUCGCACCACCAGCUAGUGAUUCCACAGUAACCAAAUUGGACUUUGAUCUUGAGCCUGAACCACCUCCAGCUCCACCACGUGCUUCUUCCCUUGGAGAAAUAGAUGACCCUUCAGAAUUAAAAGUUCUGGAUACACCCAGACAGGAGUCAGAAACUAUUUUUGAUAUUGAGAAUGACAGAAAUAGUAUACGUCCAAAAUCCCAAUCUGAAUAUGAGUGCAACAUUCCUGAUUCAGCUCUAGGAUACAGUUGUAUUCAGGAAAUUGAAAACAGAAGGUCACAGCAAAGGUUUCAGUUUAAUCUACAAGACUUCAGAUGUUGUGCUGUCUUGGGAAGAGGACAUUUUGGAAAGGUGCUAUUGGCUGAAUAUAAACACACAAAUGAGAUGUUUGCUAUAAAGGCCUUAAAGAAAGGAGACAUUGUGGCUCGAGACGAAGUAGACAGCCUGAUGUGUGAAAAACGAAUUUUUGAAACUGUGAAUAGUGUAAGGCAUCCCUUUCUGGUGAACCUUUUUGCAUGUUUCCAAACCAGAGAGCAUGUUUGCUUUGUAAUGGAGUAUGCUGCCGGCGGUGACCUGAUGAUGCACAUUCACACUGACGUCUUUUCCGAGCCGAGAGCUGCAUUUUAUGCAGCAUGUGUAGUACUUGGGUUGCAAUAUUUGCAUGAACACAAAAUCGUUUAUAGGGAUUUGAAAUUGGAUAACUUAUUGCUAGAUACAGAAGGUUUUGUGAAAAUUGCUGAUUUUGGUCUUUGCAAAGAAGGAAUGGGAUAUGGAGAUAGAACAAGCACAUUUUGUGGCACUCCUGAAUUUCUUGCACCAGAAGUAUUAACAGAAACAUCCUAUACAAGGGCUGUAGACUGGUGGGGCCUUGGUGUACUUAUAUAUGAAAUGCUCGUUGGUGAGUCGCCCUUUCCUGGUGAUGAUGAAGAAGAGGUUUUUGACAGUAUUGUAAAUGAUGAAGUAAGGUAUCCAAGGUUCUUAUCUACAGAAGCCAUUUCCAUAAUGAGAAGGCUGUUAAGAAGAAACCCUGAGCGGCGCCUGGGAGCUGGUGAGAAAGACGCCGAGGACGUGAAGAAGCACCCGUUCUUCCGGCUAAUUGAUUGGAAUUCUCUAAUGGACAAAAAAGUAAAGCCACCAUUUGUACCCACCAUCAGAGGACGAGAAGAUGUUAGUAAUUUUGAUGAUGAAUUUACCUCAGAAGCACCUAUUCUAACUCCACCUCGAGAACCAAGGGUCCUUUCAGAGGAGGAGCAGGAACUGUUCAGAGACUUUGACUACAUUGCUGACUGGUGUUAGGUUCUGGACACUGUGAAGACCUCUUGAAAACAGCUACCCUGCGUUUGCUCUCUGUGCCGCCAGGAUCUCCUGAGUUUUUAAAAAAGCACAUGAAAAUUUGAUUAAAAGUACUCUUUUUAAUACUUCUCCAUGUUUUCAGCAUACAUCUGAGCACUGGAAGCAGUUUCAUGGAAUUUAGGCUGAAUGAACAUAAGCCAUGAAAAUCCAUUAAAAAUGAAUACUUUUGGAUCAAUAAUUAUUUUUCAAGAAACAACCACUCUUUUAUAGUCCCCAUCUUUGCCAUACAUCUGCCUUAAGUGAAGGGAAGAUUAAUUACUGUUUUACAAAAAGAAAAAUUAGGACUUGAAAUAUUAUUACUGUCAUAUGAAGUGUGAUUCUGUUUGACUAAAGCAAAUGCUCUUAUUUUUUAAAGAAAAAAAUCACUAUCAUAUCAAAAAUGGAGUGGCAAUUUGUAUACCUUUGCCUUGAUUUUAAGAAAACAAUGAAUUGAUUUUUUUUCUAUAUUUAUCAGGAGAAAACUUUUUAUUGCCUUAUCUGUACCAUGUAGCAGAGCCUCCUAGCUUUCCAGUAGAGCUACUUGCCAAACAAUAUUUUAUUAAUGCUGAAAAGAUGAGAACAUCAGCAUUUUCUUAAAAUGUUAAGAAUGAGGACUUCUGAUCUGUUGGAACCACAACACUGUUAACUGCAUAUGCAUUCCCAAAGUCUACACACCCAGAAGGAUGUUCAGUCAGAGUGUCUUCCAAAAUCAAUGAACCUGAUUAUCCCGUUAUUGAUAUGUAUUCUACAUUAUCAACCUAGUCAUCGUGUUCUUAUGUCUGCUGUAGAAAGGAACUCUAUCUUUGUUAAACUGUAGAGAUUAUCAUUGUAUACAUGCUGUGAACAUGUAUAUGUACAAGUUGUAAUGUAUUCUGUGUUGUAGGCUUAUUAUUUAAUUUCACCACUUCCUCACUUUUGUACAGUGGCCAAGCAGACACCUCAAACUCCAGCAUUUACAUUAAGUGCAUUUGUACAUUUUAGGCCACUGGAUCCGGAUUUUAUAUUGGCAGUUACUGAGGGCAAAAGCAAUAUAUUGUAACAGAAUGUAUAAAUAUUUUUGAUAAAACAGUCUAUAUUUUAUAAAAAGUUAUUAUAACACUAAAGCUGUACCUCAAAAAUCUCACCAAUAAUUUGAUCAAUACUCGAUUCCGAGGAUCCGUUGGUGGCUUUGUACUACUCGCAUGGUAUGUCUUUUUGCGAAUCAUGACUUUCCACUUGGCUGGAAGUUUUUGGGUUUGUUUGUUUAUAUGUCUUCCCUCCCAGCCCAUCACUUCAUUAUUUUCCUAAGUCCAGUAAUAACACGUUUGAUGUGCAUAGCUUGUGAGGGCCGUUUAUACCUCAGGAGUAGCAAGUUGGUAACUAACUACAUUGAAGUAACCAUGUAAUCACACAUAGCUCACCUCUUAAAAUUGUUCAAAGUUGAAUCUAAUGAGAAACAUGAAAGCACACUAUUGAGCUGAGCUUAAAAUAUUCAUAAAUAGUUCAGCCUUGCUAAGAUGUGUUGGCAUGUUUUUAUUAUACUCUGAGAACAAUUAAAUUGUCCAGAGCUAUUUCAUAUUUCCUUCCAAAUCAUUUUCUCCUAAGAUCUUUUGGGAAAAUAUAUUGUAAAAAGAACAGUAUGUUGUUAUUUUUAAAUGCCAGUUAAUUUCCUUGAAAAAGGACAAUCGAGAGAUUUCAUGUAACUGUCUGGCUUUAAUUUUAAAAGGAUUAAUACAACAUUAAAAUAAAACACUAAAUACUUUUGAGGUACAGUCUGCUUACCUUUGCUGGUUCUCAAAUAUGCAUAGAAAGCAAUGUUCAAAAUGGGCUUUUAGCAUUAAAAAACUGGCAUAGCAUUAUAUUAACUUACACAGUGUACAGAAAUUUUUUUAAUUGAAGUCAAUCACUAAAGCAAAAAUAGAGGUCAGGGCAUAUUCACACAGUUAAGCUGGUUAAAGCACUAAUUUUUUUCUGUAGUUUUUAAAAUAUAAGUCAGAUUUAAAAUUUUAAGAGUGUAUAUAUAUUUUGCCAUUACUGUCCAUGUAUGUGGCUGCUCACACACUUUGUAAGGAAAUGAGGAUAUUUUAGAAUGGUAUACUAUGCAUUCAAAUGAAAUGUGCCUUGAUGUCAUUCUAAGAAAACAAAAAGUGUUUUUGCAGUCAUAAAUUACCACAAAUGCACAAAUUAAAGUUUAAAUAGAUUGAAAUUUGUAA